GCCAUUGCGUUUGAGAAAUUCAACAGCACUAGAGUUUACGUCGUUUAUUAGGCGAAAAAAGCCCGCUUACACAUCGAAAUUCAUCAUGCAGAUCUUCGUGAAGACUCUGACCGGUAAAACUAUCACUCUUGAAGUUGAACCAAGCGACAGUAUCGAGAAUGUGAAGACGAAGAUUCAAGACAAAGAAGGCAUCCCACCCGAUCAACAGCGUCUCAUUUUCGCUGGCAAACAACUUGAAGAUGGCCGUACUCUGAGUGAUUAUAACAUUCAGAAAGAGUCCACUCUUCACCUUGUUCUUCGCUUGAGGGGUGGAAUGCAGAUUUUCGUUAAGACUUUGACCGGAAAGACCAUCACGCUUGAAGUUGAGCCGAGCGACUCCAUUGAGAAUGUGAAGACAAAGAUCCAAGACAAAGAAGGCAUCCCUCCCGACCAACAGAGACUGAUCUUCGCUGGCAAGCAAUUGGAAGAUGGUCGCACUCUUAGCGACUACAAUAUUCAGAAGGAGUCGACCCUUCAUCUGGUGUUGCGUCUCCGUGGCGGUAUGCAGAUCUUCGUGAAAACCCUGACCGGCAAAACCAUCACGCUUGAAGUCGAGCCAAGCGACUCCAUUGAAAAUGUGAAGACGAAGAUCCAGGACAAAGAAGGUAUCCCCCCAGACCAGCAGAGGUUGAUCUUCGCCGGAAAGCAGUUGGAAGAUGGUCGCACUCUCAGCGACUACAACAUUCAAAAAGAGUCCACUCUUCACCUUGUUCUUCGUCUGAGAGGUGGAAUGCAGAUUUUCGUGAAGACUCUGACCGGAAAGACCAUCACGCUCGAAGUCGAGCCGAGCGACUCCAUUGAAAAUGUGAAGACAAAGAUUCAAGACAAAGAAGGCAUUCCCCCAGACCAACAGAGGCUGAUCUUCGCCGGAAAGCAGUUGGAAGAUGGUCGCACUCUUAGCGACUACAAUAUUCAGAAGGAGUCGACCCUUCAUCUGGUUUUGCGUCUCCGUGGCGGUAUGCAGAUCUUCGUCAAGAAAUCACUUGUAACCCCUGCAGGCAUAACUGAGGGAAAUUGGGCCUUGGUAGCCUUGGUAGUGUGA